AAUAUUGAAUAUAAAUCUGUUUUACUAAGACACAACAAAGAUUUUUGUCUAGUCUCAAUAACCGAGGUUUGCUCUCUCUCUUUGUACAGAAUUUUUUUUUUCUCUAUGAUCAUAUAUUUGUUCAGAUGAGUUAUUGAGAUUCAGACCAUUCAGGAGGAAGAAAACAUUUAGCCCCAAAAAAAAUUUUUAAAAGUUUUUUUUAAAAAAAAAAGAAAAGAGGGGAAAAGAAACAUGGCAUUCACAGGAACUUUGGAUAAAUGCAAGGCUUGCGACAAGACUGUGUAUUUUGUGGAUUUGUUGACUACUGAUGGAGCUAUUUUUCAUAAAUCCUGCUUCAAAUGCAGCCAUUGCAAAGGCACUCUUGUGAUGAGUAACUACUCGUCGAUGGACGGGGUCCUUUACUGCAAGCCUCAUUUUGAACAACUUUUCAAGGAAUCUGGAAAUUUUAGCAAAAAUUUUCAAACUGGAAAACCCGAGAGGGAAAAUUCACUGACGAGGGCACCAAGCAAACUCUCUGCAUUGUUCUCUGGAACUCAGGACAAAUGUGCUGCUUGUAGCAAAACCGUCUAUCCAUUAGAAAAGAUGACAAUGGAAGGAGAAUCAUACCACAAGUCAUGCUUCAAGUGCGCUCAUGGAGGCUGCCCACUUACACAUUCUUCCUACGCAGCCCUUGAUGGCGUUUUGUACUGCAAGCACCAUUUUGCUCAGCUUUUCAUGGAGAAAGGCAACUACCAGCACGUACUCAAGGCCGCCACCCAUAGGAAAAGCGCGGUCGCCCCCGUUGAUCCCGAGCCAGAAGAAUCAGCAGCUAGUAAGGAUGCAGAGGAGAUUGCUGGUGAUCAGGCCGCGGCCGAAUCACCAGCAGAAGAAGAAGAAGAUGGUCCACACACACAAGAGCAGUCCUAGAAAAAUAUAACCACCAAAAAUAAUUCUUCUUCAUCAUAUAUUGAUCAUUAUACAUACCCUCUCUUCUGGUCUUCUACAUAUUUUUUUUUCCGUUCCGGGAUUUCUCCUCCAUUUAUCUCGAUAGUUUUCUUAUUCUUGAAAUUGAGGUGAAAUUUUUUUUCUAUGUUUUUUUUUUCUUUUUCAUGACGUGUUCAGCAAUGUAUCAAUUAAGGAAGUUUGAUGUAAUUUUUUCUUCUUUUUUUUUUCGAUUUUCUUUGUACAAGCGACUAUCAUAUGUUACCUACUAGGGUUUAAUUGGAGCAAAUAAUUCUUUUUGAUCAUGUAUAGACGCCCUUUUCUCUGAAUACAUUUUUUUUUACUAAAAGCAUGUAUGUACAUAUAUUGCACAUAUUUGAAGUUUUGAAC